UAAACCCUAACAAACUCUUUCUCGGCCUAACGAUGGGAAGCCAAGCAGCGGUUUCGUUCCUCACGAACAUUGCCAAGGCGGCGUUUGGUCUCGGCACGGCGGCGACGGUACUGUCCUCGUCGCUCUACACGGUGGACGGCGGCGAGAGAGCGGUGCUGUUCGAUCGUUUCAGGGGAGUGUUGGAUCAGACUGUUGGAGAAGGGACUCACUUCCUGAUCCCGAUUCUCCAGAGGCCUCACGUCUUCGACAUCCGCACUAAGCCUCACACAUUCUCCUCCGUUUCUGGAACUAAGGAUCUCCAGAUGGUUAAUCUCACCCUCCGCGUUCUCUCUCGCCCCGAGGUUUCGCGUCUCCCUACGAUAUUCCAAACAUUGGGUCUGGAGUAUGACGAGAAGGUUCUUCCUUCGAUUGGAAACGAGGUCUUGAAGGCUGUCGUCGCUCAGUUCAACGCUGAUCAGCUCCUCACGGAGCGUCCCCAAGUGUCAGCACUCGUGCGUGACUCUCUCAUCAAGCGCGCCAGGGACUUCAACAUCGAGCUAGACGAUGUGGCUAUUACCCAUUUGUCGUACGGUAUGGAGUUCUCGAGGGCAGUGGAGGCGAAGCAAGUGGCUCAGCAGGAAGCGGAGAGGUCUAAGUUCGUGGUGAUGAAGGCUGAUCAGGAGAGGAGAGCAGCGGUUAUUAGAGCUGAAGGUGAGAGUGAAGCUGCUCAGUUGAUAUCUGAUGCAACGGCUAAAGCUGGAAUGGGGCUGAUUGAGCUCAGGAGGAUUGAGGCUUCGAGGGAGGUUGCGGCUACACUGGCUAGGUCUCCAAACGUGGCUUACUUGCCCGGUGGACAGAGCAUGCUCUUUAACCUGAACGCUGGUCGUUGAGCCAGCAAGCAAUUGGUGGGCAGAGGAGAGCUUAAGCGAAUUUAGUUAAAUGGUGCUGGUCUUUUCUUUCUGAUGAACAAUGUGAAAAGAGAAACUUUAGUUGCUACUGAUGAGCCUUUUAGGUUAUUUCCUUUUGAAUCUGAAUAUUUGUUUUUUAGAACAUUGUUCCCUCUCUCCCCCCUAUGGAAUUGUCUAAAGCUUUUUUCUUA